CUUUUUUUUUUUAAGGAAGGAGCAUUAGUGAACAGAAUUGACGUAGAAUAUAUGGCAAUCUGUUCGGUGGUCAAAUUUAGCGAGAAAGUCGCUAAUUUGGCUGCGCUAAUACUGCUGUGGUCAAACCCAGAGCCUGACAGAGAGGAUGCCAGCAGCAGAGGAGUCAUAUGGCGUCAACAAAGUUGUGGACAACAUAUGCAGGAUUUCUCCAGAUCUGUUAGCAGAUGUGUGUCAGCACGUACUGACUUAUCUUCAAGGGCAGAAGAGAGGAGUAGAUUCAGCUGAAAUUUCUGAUAGAUUUCAGAGAGCUGAAGUGAGACUUGAUCAUGAAGCUCUUCGGGACAUGAUCAGAUUUCUCUUGCUAACAUUCCGGUCAGCUGGAAAGAGCAACAUCUCUGGGGAUGAACUUGUGUCAAAGCUGGAAGAAGGCUCUACCAAGUGGACCAAAGCUUCCAUUCAGGUCUUGCAUAAGUUGUGGAGUGAACAUGGUGUGUCAGUCCACACUCAACAAGAGGCCCAGGCCAUGCUCAGCAUCGGUCAGUUGGUGGACAUGCAGUGGAAGCUUGGCAUGGCAGUGAGCUCAGACACCUGUCGAUCUCUCAACUCCCCAUUUGUGUGUCUGCUGCUGAAGAUUGUUGAGCCUUCAGGACAAAUCUGUCAGAGGUCUUUUGAGAUGACCAUCCCACAGUUCCAGAACUUCUACAAACAGUUCAAGGAGAUGGCAGCUGUUAUGGAGACUGUAUGAUUGUUAGCACACCUAAGUGCUUGUUAUAGUUAUACCAGGUUUAUGUGCAACUAAUGGAAGAAACUUUGACAUACGGUAAGUGUUUAUUUGCUGGUUGUCUCGAAACACAAAAGCACAGUUUUGUGCUUGUAUUUUUCCACAGAUUGUGUAACCUCCCACUUGAUAAUACUUUUAGGAUGUCUAGCCUUGGGUUAGCUUAGAGUUCUGCAUUAUAUAUUUAAAAUGCUAAGCCAGCAAAAUCUGACUAAUAUAUGUGUUGCCAAAUGUGUGUGAUGUGAUUCAGUCUGUAAUAAAUUUCAGUUUGCCUGUGA